AUGGCUUCCACUUUCCACCAUUAUCAUCCACAUACCCUUAUUCCACUAAUCAUCAUAUGCUUCAUUUUCUUCUCUUUUCAUCAUGCUUACUCAAUUCAAUUCCAAAUCCCUGCUUUCAAUCCUGGUGAUGCCAACAUACUCUACCUAGGAGCUGCAGCAACAAGGGAUGGUUCUGCUGAUUUCAAUGUGAAUGACUUAUACACUUGCCAAGUUGGAUGGACCAUUUACUCCAAGCAGGUGUUACUUUGGGACUCAAGAACUGGUAAACUCACUGAUUUCACAACUCACUAUACAUUCAUCAUUGACACAGGAAAUAAAACCACCUAUGGCCAUGGUCUUGCAUUCUUCCUUGCCCCUGUUGAUUUUGAAAUCCCACCCAAUUCCUCUGGUGGAUUUCUUGGAUUAUUCAACACCACAACAAAGGAUUCAGCACAGAAUCAAAUUGUCCUGGUUGAGUUUGACUCUUACCCAAACUCUGAAUGGGGUGAAACUGUGCAGUAUGUUGGGAUCAACAACAAUACAAUUGCUUCAACAAAGUGGACCCCAUGGAAUACUAGUUUACACAGUGGAGACACUACUAAUGUUUGGAUUAGUUACAACUCCACAACUAAGAACUUGAGUGUAUCUUGGAAGUACCAAAACUCAUAUGGUCUUGAAGAACACACUAGUCUCUCUCUUGCAAUUGAUUUGACAAGGGUCUUAUCUGAGUGGGUUACAAUUGGAUUUUCAGCUGCAACAGGUUCCUUUGGAAAGACUCGCACUCUUCUAUCAUGGGAGUUCAACUCAACUUGUGACAGAGCUAAAGAAAACAAUUCAAAGAAGACAAGAGCUUCCAACAUCGAAGAUGACGGCAUAGAAGCUAUAGGCUCUGUUCUCAGGCGAAAUCUUAUGGUGCGUGAGGGUGUAGUCUUCGAUGGACUAGUUGGAGGAAAUGGAAGAGGACGACUCGUGUGGCAACCGCAACAGCAUUCUUCUGAAUCUGAGUUUUGGCAGCUCCACGGAGGAGGACGAUGGCUAGGUGGCAGUAUGGUCAUCGAGGAGCUCAGUGGAGGAUGGCGACCGGUGGCGGAUCUUGCCAUUGCAGGAAACGGCGUCGAUGAGAGAGUUCGGCAAUGA